AUGGAGUCGAAACCCGGCGAUAUCGGUGCAGCGGGCGAAAAGAAGGUGAAUGAGGUGGCAAAGGUCGAGGAAGAGAAGCCUCUAGAAGAUGUCGAAGAAGUCCCAGAUCCAGAUGAGGAUGACUUGGACGAUCUAGAUGAUAUGCUCGAUGAGUUCGCCACUGUGAACAUAGAGCCCAAGAAGCCAGAGUUAGCAUCCGGGCCAGGAAGGCCUAUCGCUGCCACCGCUCCACCUCCUGCUGCGACAACUUCUGACGCAGCAGCGGACGAUGUGCUAGGUGACGAUGAAUUUGCGAAGCAGCUUCAAGCUGGUAUGGCCGAGUUGAUGGGUGAGAUUGAAAACUCGCCAGAAAUGCAGGCACAAUUCGAAAGCAUCUUCAAGGAGCUUGGUGCUGCUGCGGAUUCAGGAGCAGAGACACCAACGGCUCCGGCCGGACCAUCUGCCACCCAAUCUGCGGGCGCUGCCACAUCUGAGGCAUCAUUUCAAGAGACAAUUAGGAAGACGAUGGAACGAAUGCAAAACUCUGGUGACCAAGCCACGGCGGCAGCCGCCGCAGAGGGGUCCGAUGACUUCAUGGCAGAGCUCAUGAAGCAGAUGCAGGCCGGAGGUCUGGAUGGGGAGGGGUCUGAGGAGGAGUUCUCUAAAAUGCUGCUGGGCAUGAUGGAGCAACUAACAAACAAGGAGAUCUUAUACGAGCCGAUGAAGGAGCUGAAUGACAAAUUCCCGGAUUGGUUUGAGAAGAAUAAGGCCACUACAUCGAGCGAUGAUCUAAAGAGGUACGAAGAACAACAAGGCCUGGUCAAGGAGAUUGUGGCCAAAUUUGAGGAGCCAACAUACUCUGACUCAAAUGCGGCGGAUCGAGAAUAUAUCGUGGAUCGAAUGCAGAAGGUGAGGCAUUCUCUCUGA